AUGUUUCGUUGGCCCUAUGGCGGACGAAAAGUUUAUAUAAUUGGCAGUUUUAAUAAUUGGUCUGAAAAGAUUCCAAUGUCAUACAAUAGUGAAGAGGAGGCUUUCGUAGUGAUUUUGAACGUUUCCGUUGGAAAACAUUUCUAUCGAUUCAUUGUUGAUGGAGAAUAUACAACCGAUCUGAAUUCACCAACAGAAAAGGAUGAACAUGGUUAUUUGAGUAACGUUGUCGAUAUUACAGCAGAUGAAGAGAGUGAGGAAGCUGAAGAAGAAGAGGAAGAAGAUGAGGAUGAUGAUAUCUCCUCCUCUUCAUCAUCAUCGCAUCAUCAUCAUACGACAUCUGCACCAAUUGGAAUUGGUAAAGCUCACGAUAACAUUUCCGCUGUAAAAUCUCAUGCAACAGGAGUACCAGCAUCUUCACCACCGAGAAGAGCCAACACCAGUGCACCAAACCCUUAUGGAGUUUCUACUUAUCAAUCUUCACAUACACAAUCUCACCAAACAUCUCCGACGCAUCAUCAUAUUGAUACUCACCACCAUCAGUCUCCUACUGUAAAACAACAUCACUCACCUCCAACAUCUCCUCAACACAAUUCUAGGAAUGAUCAUAAGCAUGAAAAAGGUGACACUUCACCAACCAAAGAAGGCGAGUCUAAACAGUACAGUAAUACUUAUGGAUAUCAAGAGGAAAUAUUCCCUGAAAAUAAGAAAAAUCCACCAAUUUUGCCACCUCAUUUACGUUAUACUCCCCUCAAUAGUAGUAAGAAAUUCCACCAUAAUCCAGGCCUGUUACCAAUUCCACUGCAUGUCACUGUUAACCAUGCUUACUUUUCUGAAAGAGAUAACAUGAAUAAGGUUGGUGUUACACAGAGGUAUAAGGAUAAAUUUACAACUGUGGUGCUGUACAAACCAAAACAUACUGAGCUUAAAAAGUACCAAAAUAUAACAACCAACUAA